CCGUGAUCACAGCCGCAAGUCGCACCCCAGCCAACCUUGGAACUGGAAGCACAAGCAAUGAGCACUCAGCAGACGGAGAGGAGCAAUCAACACCGUACAACCACCUCAUCACACACAUCUCUAUCUGGACCCAUAAUCUCGGAAACGCCGCUGUGUCGGCUACAGCAUCUCGAGUCCCACGCUAUCUCUGCAACGCCUCUGAUGUGUAGGACGAUGCGCGCUGCCAGAUGGGGUAAAGAGAUGCCGCCGCAACGCAGAACACUGACCACGGACCAGAACAGAGCCCACUCCCAAUCGCCCGCAAAGCGCGGUACGCAAUUCCAGGGAAUCGGUCGUCUUGCCGGAAUUAUGCUUCGCGUUACGCGGUUCGUCGCCGGUUUAAGCUGCCCAAAUCAUUAUUGCUUCCGCAGAACCCACGACAAAGGAACCCCGUCCCAUCGGGAUUCGACCUUCCACUGGUUUGAUCUGGUGUCACUGUCAGCCCUGAGCUUGGAACUCGACCUGGGCGCCUUGCUUCUGUUGGGCUCAUGUCCUGGCGACGACUCGACCUGCUCAAGUCUAGACACGGCUUCACCCGCCGUAUCACAGUUUCAUUGUCGUGCCGGCCCCGCCUGUCGGUUCCCGCGUCCCCAGAGGGUCCCAAUCAGAUCCUGUUAGCGGAUGUCCGUGAGAUUUAGGCUUGGCCCGCCGCCGGCAGCUCACAUCAGUGGUGAAACGUAGAGAGCUGGGCCGGCGCGCCCGCUGCAGCCACAAUGACUUCGCUCGGAGCGCCGACUAG